UUGAUUGGACUGUACAUACUUUACCUUCAUUUAACCAGGAAAGUGCAAUUGAAAUUAUUCCUGUCUUUUUCUAAGGAGUCUUGGUCCAGAGAGAAGCACAGAUUAUAUAUCAUUGUAUAUAAAGGUUAAACACGUGAAGAGGAGGCCCCAGGUGAGACACAACCGGUAUAAAAAUGAAUAAAACUCACAUGUCAGUCUCGAUGCAAAAGGCAACCGGCUCCUCUCCUGAUUCUCAAUUCUACAACGACAACCUGACAGCUGACGAUGGCGUGCCGCUCCCUGCAGUCUGCCUUCCUCCUGGCUUUGUUGGUGGUCCCCUGGUCGGGCUCUCAAGGCGCUGCUCCCCCUCAGCACCUGUGUGGCUCUCACCUCGUCGAUGCUCUGUACCUCGUGUGUGGAGAGAGGGGCUUCUUCUACAACCCAGGCCGCGGAGCCAGAGACGUGGACUCACUACUCGGUCUCCUCCCUCCGAAGGCCGCUGGGGAGAAUGAGGUGCCAGAGUUUCCGUACAAAGACGAGAUGGAGAUGAUUGUGAAGCGUGGGAUUGUGGAGCAGUGUUGUCAUAAACCGUGUAACAUCUUCGACCUCCAAAACUACUGCAACUGAACGCUCCCCUCUGCCUCCAAACAGCUGCUCCCAUCUGCAAACACAAGAC